AAGGAACUGAAAUGAAGUAGAGAAGCAUUAGAACAGCACUUCUAUUACUACUAAUAACAAUGGAUUUCCACACUGCUUGCGAGAAGGCUAAAGCUUUUACCAAGAAACCCACCGAUUCUGAAUUCUUGGAAUUUUACGGUCUUUACAAACAAGCCACGGUUGGAGAUUGCAACAUUGGUAAGCCUAGCGCUAUUGAUCUAACGGCCAAAGCUAAAUUUGACGCUUGGAACCAACAUAAGGGCAUGUCACAAGAUGCUGCAAAGGCUGCCUAUAUUGGAGUCUAUCAGAAAUAUGCACCCAAAUAUGCUUGAAGAAUCAAUUAGUAAGAAAGCUGUAAGAGGCUGCAUUUCCUAAUAAAAUUUCUUAUCC